GGUUUUGGGUGUAUUUGUUUAUUUCAACGUUUUAAAUGUCGAUAACUGAUUUUGUGUGAUAUUUUUUAAAUGUUUUUGUACGAGUGUCGGCCACGAUGCACGUUAAAAGACGGUUCUACGCCCAAAUUCUUCUAUUACCUGUCGUUUGCAUCGCUAUUGACACAAAAUAUGUGGAUAUUUAUCAGAAUAUUACCAUUGAAUGUCCUCUAAAUCAAAGCAAUGGGAUUAUGUGGGAAAGGGAUACUGGAGAUAUUUCCGAGAAGCCCCCUUUCAUAACGCUUGAGGAUGGCUCGUUGUUUUUGGAGAAUGUUACUAAAAAUGAUUCUGGUGAAUAUAGAUGUUCAGAAGAAAAUUCAGCUGUGAAAUAUAAUAUUCAAGUUGUUGUUAAAACACCACCACCUGCUUUGCCGUUUUAUGUACAUCCAAGUACAAUUCUAGCUUAUUUAAUAUGGCAAUUAAAUGGUACCGGCGGCUAUCCGAUAACUUUUUUCACCGCUGAAUAUAGAUUAAUGAACGAAUCGAAUUGGACGUCUAUCGCACCCACUCAUUUAAGUCCUAAUUUACGGAGAUUAGAGGUUUACAAGCUUGAGCCUAACACAACAUAUGCCUUCCGCAUGUGGGCAGGAAACAAGUUGGGUCCUGGUGUUAAAAGUGAAGUUAUAAAUACCACUUUACAUAUAUAUACUGAGAAACAACUUGCCGCUCGUUUACUAGCUGGGGCGCAGACUUUCGACACCCGGAUAUGGAUAAUAGCGGUGGCGAUCGUGAUGGGCACGUUAACCGUUCUCGGUCUUGGAACGUGCCUACUUUUGUACCAAGAGUGCCGCACAGGUGUAGAAGACGAGCAGGAAGUAAUAGAAUUAGUACCGAAUAUAAUAUUAAACCCCGGAUUUGAGGGCAACAUGCAAGCGGAUCAAAUGCCCGCAGACGAAAAUUGCAACAAUGAAACGCCAGUGCGCCUUAACAACAACACCGUUGUUCAGCCUAGAAUUUCUUAGAAGUAGCCUAACAAUUUAGUUUCCGGACGAGGAAACGCACCAACGACUACAAGUAUAAUAGGUAGAUUGCAAUAGAAGAAACUAAGAAAGAAACAACUAAUUUUAAAGGUAGCUUAAAGAAUCAAUUUUUUUAACACCACGGUUACUAAAAACUAAAAAAGUAAAUGUAGCGUAAACAUCUAACAAACGGUAAAUAAAAUUAAAAAUUCGCGCAUUUUCAAAGAUUAAAAAAAACUGUGCAUUUUGAUAACGUGGCCUUUUACAUAACGCUAAUUUGUUAUAUUACUACAUACGUUACGUAAAGCGAGUAAGUUGGACGUUAAGGGGUUAAAAAAGAUCGUUUGAUUAAAAAAAAGGUCUCCCAGGCCUUUUUUAAUUAAGUAUUAUAUACGGUACGUACGUGCGCAGUUCAAUUUCAUAGAGUUGUGUAAAUUGUGAUAAUUUCUAGUCAUACUUUUAGAUCUUUAAAAAAACGGUUGUCAUAUCAGGUAUUAUACAAAGUGUGGGAAGUGAUGGGUAUGAUGGUUGUAGGUAUUUUGCGAUAUUACAAGGUACAAUGUAAUUUUUGGCUUCCCGUUUAUAACGUAAAAGCACAAGAAUUUUUUAUUUGACUUAUUUAAAUGUGUAUAGACACUUUCAAGUAUCAUAAUCAUUCAAGUACAUAAAACUUGUUUAAAUAUAAACACAAAAACUCAAAAAAUUUAAUGCAGUACUAAAACCGUUCUAUACACUUAAAAAAAUAAGUUAAAUAAAUGGACGGUAUUUUUGUAGACAUGAAAAAUAUAACGAAUCUCACACGUUCUUUAUGUAGUUGACACAAAGAAAAAAAAAUUCGAUUGUUAAACGCAAUAGUAAACUAAAAUAGUGACAUGAAGUAGAAUGUUUUCGUGAACUCGAAAAUGAGAAAGAAAAGAAAAACGACGAGUUCACGAUACAAACUAGUUACUGAUUAUGGUUGUAAUUUUUGAAUCGUGCCUCUUUAAAAUGUAGCGAACGAGGAGAACAACAAUUAGCUUGACGUAACACAAAAACGUAAAAUGCAGAUUACAAGAAAAAAAAUAUCGAAGCAGAAAUAAUAAUAUACAUAUAGCUCAAAGAAGUUGCUUGUUUGAUGCAAUAAUUUUUGUACGAGUAUGGUUUUAAAGUGUAUGUUAAAAUAAAUUGUCAGUGCCUAAAUAGUUUUAUACAUGAUAUUUUAAAAAACUCUAGCUUUCGAGCACGUUAAGGAUAAUUGUAAAAAUAAUAAUGAGAUAAAAAAAAACGAGAUUUAUCGAUAAAUUGUGGUAUAAACAAAAAGUAAUCAAAUCAUCUGACUGUAUUAACCCAUUUGUAUCAUAAGUUCUGAUAUCUGUGGUCUUUUUUCUGGCCAUUAUCAUCGCGCGAUUAUUUACACAAUUAUUACUACUUUUAUUAUAAUUAAUAUAUUAUAUAUACAUAUUCAAAAUAUACAACAACUUGGGACUGAAUCACAUCUAAAACUAGAGUUAACACUAGCGCUAGAACUAAAAGUAGACCUAGAACUGGAAACAUUCUUGUUUAGCUGCCUUGAAAGACGUGCUGCUGAAACCCGAAUACUUCUAGUUCUAGUUUUAGUUCAAUAAAAAUAUACAACAACAUAGCAGUAAAUAAUUACUAUAGUCUGUUUUUAAACCAGGAGGAGCAUUUUAAAUUUCUCACCAAAUUGA